UACUUUGUAUACGUUGUCAAUAUGUACAUAAAUACACAAGACGUGGGUGGACAAUGAAAAACCCAUGCCGAAGUUUCUCUGUAUGAGUGAUUGCUUAUAUCCACGUGUCUCAUUAUAACUGAAUAACAAAGCCUUCUUAUUUUACUUUGGUUUGGAAUAAGACAGCACAAACACGCAAACAAACACACACACACAGACAAAGGACAUAUUCAUUCAUACUAGUCUUUAAAUGAAUAAUGAAUCAGCACUUCUGAAAAGGUUGUUCUCUUCUGAAUUUUUUUUCUCAACGGAAAACGAAAGAAAAAAAAAUCAUACAUACUGUCACCAAAUAAUAUGAUCAGUUGUCAUCACUUGUCAAACAGUUUUUCUAUCACUACCACCUGAAAACAUUGUCAUUAUUACAAAUCGUAUUAUGAUUUCUAAUUGAAUAGUAUUCAAUAUUCAAUUUCCGCAGUUACAUACAUAUUUGAUACCUUGUUUAAAGCAUUCAAUGAAGUUUAUAUUAUUUGAGAGGGAAAUUUAAAUUAAGACGCUAAUAAUUAGUCGUAAAUACAUAAUAAAGAAUAUCAUUUGAUAUAUAAUAGUUUGAAAUUGGGAAAAAGUUUUAAACAAAAAUGAAAUUUGAAUUCUCAUUGCCAUCUACUCUUCAGUAUGGUGAUUGUAUAGAAGUCAAUGGGAAAGUUGGUAAAGAGAAAUUUUCAAUGGAUUUAAUAUCUGAUUAUCUAGCCAUUGAUCCAGGCAGUUUUAAUGAUCAAAAUCGAACAGAUGAGUCAGAACUACCUAUAGUUGAAACUCAACCAUUACAGAUAUCAAUUGAAACCACAGGCAGUUGGGAUAUUAAUGCAAAUUCACCAGAGACAAGUACCACAUCACACGGAAGUUCAGCUAAACGAUUCGGUUUUCGAGUUGAUGAGGAUUUUGUUUGUAGAGUUGUUAUUAAAACAGAGUAUUAUGUGGUUUAUUUGAAUGAUAUGAUGUUAUCCAACUCUGAACAUUUAGUCCCUGUUGGAUCGAUAAAUGGUUUCACAAUUGACGGUGAUUCAAUCAUUACAACUAUACUAUUUGGUGAUUUAAGCGCUAUACAAAAGUACAAUUCAAAACAUGAUGCAAAACUAAUUCAUUUAAAUACACCAAAAAUUAUUGAAUGUCGUCUAACAUCUGAUGAAGUAUUAGCUACUGUAUUACACAAUGACAACGAUGAAUAUUCUAAGAUGGAUGAAGAACACAGUCAUGGAGGUGUUGGCGGUAAGAGUGACGAUGAUGUUGAGAACUUCAAUAAAAUCAAUGGUGGCACUGAAGUUGACUUCAGUAGCCGUCAGGAAAUUCAUUACACUGAGAAACUUACACUAUUAGAACAGAAUAUUCAACAGAACCAAAAGAAUCAGCAGAAAUAUACAGAAAAUGCAAAGUCGAAUACAUCGAAUCAACACAAUUCAACAUUUGCGAAAACCAACAACAUUCAACACUUACAAGAUUCAAAUCAUCUGACUAGAGCUUCUUCAUAUCAAUUAGUAUUUGAUACAGAUAGUGAUACUAAUGAAGAAGAAAAUGGCGGAAUCGAUGAACACAACGGGAUAUCGCCUUCUCUGAAGACAGAUAUCAACUUAAGACUAUUCAAACAGAUAAGAGCUAAAAGUAUCCAGAAUCUUUUCACUCAUCAUGAGAAUUUAGAGAAUUUGCUUAGAAUUAUUCAAAAACACGAACAAAUUAAUGACAGUGGCAAUUGUAACGCUGAUACACUAGAUCAAUGUUCAAUGGUUUCAAUAUCAAACAAAUCAUUACCAGAAUAUAGGGAUUACGCGGAAAUAAUGAAUAGCUCAGGUCAGUUAUCUAGAAAUUACUCUUCAUCACAACAGUUAGAACUAGUCAAAGAGGAGUAUGAAUUAAAUGAUAAUAUUGAUAAAAAUAACUGUGGAAUUGAUAAGAUUCAUAAGAAUAUUAAUGUCAAAGAACAAGAGGCAACAGAACUAUACGCUCUUGACGACAGUAACUCAAAACAGACGUUAAAUCCUGAAGAAUUCUUGUCUAAUCUUGUUAAGUCAGUAACCGAGUUAACCGAGGAGAAAUCAGAAAUAAGUGAAAACACAGGAAUUGGGUGUGAGAAACAAAUUUUAAAUAUCGAUUGUUUAAACAAUCCGCCAGAAAAAGAAGAAAUCGCUUCUCCUAAAUCGACAACAUUUAAACAAACAGAUAGCAUGAUAAUUGAAUCAAAGAUACCUGUACUUCGAAAUGGUUUAUCUAAUACAUUAAAUGAUAAUUCCAAAGACUUUACAAGUAAGCCUUUCAAAUCAGCCUAUAAAGGUAGAUUCCAAUCGCGUGAAACUCAUUCUUAUCCAGAUUAUUGUAUGCCUUCAAAGUAUACAAAUACAUCAAAGAAACAAUCAGUAAUCCAUUCUAGAAUUCCGAAACCACGUUCAAUUUCCAGUGGUGUUGUACAUCAACAAAAUAAACAACUAGUGAAUGGUAAGGCGAAUUGUCCUCCUACAUCGAAUUCGAAACCUUCCACUCCUAUCACUUCUCCUAGACACAUUUCAAACAAAACUUCAGUUAAUUCAAUAUUAAAGUCACAGAUUAAAAAUGGUUUAGAAGAAAACACUGUCUAUAAAAAUGGAAUUAAUGAAAACCACUCUGUAGUGAAUAAAAGAUCCCCUAGAACUACACCUAAAGAUACUACACCAGUUAACGGAUAUAAAUAUGGCAGAGAGAUUAACAAAAGGCGAUCUUUUGAACAGUCUCCAAUCAAAUCUGGAUCAUUGUCACCAUCAUCUUGUUCAUCGUUGUCAUCAUCAACGAUUUCAUCACCUUCGCCAACAAAACCACCAAUAAACUCUGACAGAUUAGAAAGUGAUAAAAAGGCAAAACCAAGAGAAGAACAAACAGCGUCAAUAAACUCAACAACAACAAGUCUUACACUGACAAAUGGACAUGCUAAACCACUAGAAAAGCCAAUAUCAAAUGACAAUCUACAAAAAGUGAUCUUAAAUCAAUCGAAAGUAAAUCAACAGUGUAAUUUAAUUAGCCAGUGGAAUGUUACAUCCACUACGAAAUUAAGAGAAAGGGAUCCAAUUAUCUUAUCAAAUGGACUACAUAAUCACCAUAGCAUACCGCUUUCACACCAACCAUUAAGUGAAAAUAAGCAUAUUUUAAACAAUGUAAAUAAUAUCACAACCAAUAACCAUAACACUAAAACCGAGAUAUUAAAGAGCGAUGUAAAACAAGACAAAGAAUUGACAAAUGAACAGUCAACAUUCAAUGUUCAAUCUAAUAAUUAUACAGAUUGUUUAAAUGAUACUAAAAAGCAAUUAAAUGAAAAUGGCGCUGUGAAGUCCAACCCAACACCGGAAGUGGAUGAAAUUAAAAAAGAUACAAUGAAUUGUUAUGCGAAACCUACACAGAAUGGCUUUACAAAUGGUAACAAUACUGAUAAUAGCGUUAGUAACCAUGGUAACAUCCAGCUAAAUUUGAAAGAAAAUGAUUAUUUUAAUUCGCUACCAGAUAACAAAUUACUCUCAACGUCGAUAUCAUUAUCGCCGUCAGUAUCAUCCCAAUCAGCCACAUGCUUAUCAAUGACUAGUCCAAUAGAUACGCUAACCACCUCCAUGACGUCUAUAACAACCGACUCGAUCAAAAAUGGUUUCCAACAUGAAAAGAUGAAAAAUUCUACAAAGUUUAUACAAUCCCCGAAGAAAUGGUUAACGCCAUGAAGCAACUCAACAAUCACAGUCACAAACUAGUUCAACAUAUAGUCACAAUACUGUCGACACCACAGACACGACACACAUACACACAUAUUGCACAUGAAGAAAAAAAUUAACUACAAGAUCAGUCAGUCGCCAUAUCAUCAAAAUAACCAAAAUAUCACCAACCGUCAACAGCAACUUCAACGGAAUCUUAGAGAUUUUCAAUUAAUUAACAGACUGUAAUUAAACACUUUCCUUUGUUUUAUAUUAUUCAUUAUUACCCCUUUAAUUUUCAAUCACUAGAUCGCCAAAUAAUCAAUACAAAAGAACAAUGAGAAGAACUUUUGAAGACAAGGAAUAAAUAAACAAAUAAAUAAAUAUAAUACUCAUUAGUACAUCGAAAUUAUUUAAAAUUUCUCCAAUCGAUAUGAUUACUAUUUUCAUUUAAAACAAAAAGGAAAAGAAAAGAGAAUUGCAUGCUUACAAUUCAGUUACUUCGCCACUUUUUUUUCUUUUUUUAAAAAAAUUGUGCACAUUUCAAUAAAAAUAACAAUCAACCAAUCAGUGUAAUUUUCAUUCCUAUUUGCUCAAUGCUCAAUUGUUUCAAUUGUUUUAAUCGUGUAUUUGCCUAAGCUUAUAAUAUGUGUAAAUUUAAAUCAAUAUAUGUAAAGAUAUUUUUUACCGAACAUAAAGCUAGAUUAAAUUUAUAUAUUGUAUUCAGGUUGUUUGUUUGAAGCAUUCCUACCGCCAAUUUAACUUUUUAUUUCAGAUAUAGUGUAUUCUUG